UACAUAAACUUCAAUGGUAGUAAAAUAUCAUUUUUGAUCAUUUAUACAUAAACCAAAAGAUUUAAAUAACAAACUGCAAUAAAUGUCAAAUGAUAAAACGACAUUUAAAUGAAUAGAGCACCUCCCCCGCACUUUCGAAGAAAUUCUUCCACAAUUGCACAGCUGACCUAAACCGUGUAUCCCCCAACCGCGUUCACUCAAGUGAAACUCAGACUCGUCAACUCCAAGCACAAAAAAAUCUCAUUCAUUCCAAACACUUAAUACUUUGUCCUACCAUUUUUGUUAACUGCUACUUACUUACCUUGUAUGCCUUUUGUCACUAUGCGUAUGAGUAGUGUCACACUCUUCUUUAUUCUUUGCUUCUCUACCUCCUUGUAUGAUGCUUCUGCUCUUGCCUCUGACGGUGUCACUCUCCUUUCACUCUUGACUCAUUGGACCUUUGUUCCACCCAUCAUAAACUCCACGUGGAAGGGCUCUGAUUCGGUUCCGUGCUCGUGGAUUGGAGUCCAAUGCAACCAUGCCUAUAAUGUGAUCUCCCUUAAUCUCAGUGAUCUUGGGAUUCAAGGUCAACUUGGACCAGAAAUAGGACAAUUAUAUCGCUUGCAGACCCUUGUGUUGUCGAAUAAUGGUUUCUUAGGAGAGGUACCUUCAAAUCUAAGUAACUGUACUUUGCUUCAGGUCUUAGACCUUUCCAAUAACAGCUUUAGCGGACUGAUACCAAAUAUCUUCAAGAAGUUGCAAAGCUUACGCAGCAUGAAUUUGUCGUCUAAUCUAUUGGGUGGUACGAUUCCCGAUUCCUUGUUUCAAAUUCGCCAGCUUGAAGAAAUGAACCUUCACAAUAACCAUCUCAGUGGUCCUAUACCAUCCAGUAUUGGGAACUUGACUGAGCUGUUAAGGUUACACUUACAUGGUAAUCAGUUGUCAGGUAGGAUUCCUUCAUCCAUUGGUAAUUGCAGUAAACUAGAGGAAUUGUUUCUGAAUGAGAACAGAUUGAGUGGGGAACUAUCUUUGGAGAUGGCAAAGCUCAAGAAUCUAAAGACUAUGUCUUUGUUUGACAACCAGUUCUCAGGAGUCAUUCCUCAAGACUUGGGAAUCAAUAGCAGCAUAGUGAAAAUGGACUUUACAAAUAAUAAGUUCACUGGUAAUCUUCCACCAAGUCUUUGCUUUCGAAAGAAGUUACAAGUGCUGAACAUGGGAUCUAAUCGACUUCAAGGUAACAUACCUUCUGAUGUAGGAAGGUGUACAAGUCUGAGUAUGCUGAUUCUCAGUGAAAAUAAUUUCAUUGGGUCUCUUCCUGUUUUUGAGAGUAAUAUGAACCUCAAAUACUUACACAUAAGCAAGAACAACAUCAGUGGACCAAUUCCACCAAGUCUAGAAAAUUGUACAAAUCUUGCUGCAAUUAACAUGUCACUGAACAAGUUUACUGGGCUCAUACCAUCUGCACUUGGAAAGCUUGUGAAUCUUACGAUUUUGGAUCUUUCACACAACAAUUUGGAAGGACCUUUGCCACCACAGCUGUCAAAUUGUACUAAAAUGGAUCAUUUUGAUGUUGGAUUCAACUCCCUAAACGGUUCCUUCCCAUCAAGUCUGAGGAACUGGACAGGGAUAACCACAUUGAUUUUAAGAGAGAAUCAUUUUACAGGUGGUAUCCCGAGCUUUUUCUCAGAACUUAGCAAGCUUCGUGAACUACAACUUGGUGGAAAUUUGAUUGGAGGAACAAUUCCUCCAUCAUUGGGAAAACUGCAGAAUCUGUUCUAUGGGUUGAAUUUGAGUUGCAAUGGAUUGACAGGUGUGAUUCCUUUAGAACUUGGGCAUGUACAAGAACUGCAAAGUCUGGACUUAUCACUGAACAAUUUGACAGGAAACAUAGAUGUUCUUGAUAAACUACUUUCAUUGAUUGAGAUCAAUAUUUCAAACAAUUUCUUGCAUGGUCCUAUUCCGAAAUCUCUCUUUAAGUUUCUGAAUUCCUCUUCAUCUUCUUUCUUGGGCAAUCCCCAUUUAUGUGUCAGUUGUUCUCCUUCUAGUGGCGUGAAUUGCACCAACACUAGUAAUUUGAAGCCAUGUCCCUAUCAAUCAACUGAUCACAAAGGCAUCAGUGCAUUGGUAAUUUUAAUGAUAGAACUUGCAUCCUCACUGUUUGUUUCAGCUAUGCUGGUAGCUCUACUUUUGAUGUAUCUCCGCAAGAAAGAAAUGAAGAAUGAUGUCUAUGGUGAAAAAUGGUUGUCUGUUAUUAAGUUCUUCACUGAAAACCAGUCAGCUUCCCUUCACGACAUAGUGAUGGAGGCUACAGAUAACCUAAAUGAUCAGUACAUUAUUGGCAGAGGAGCUCAUGGGAUUGUUUAUAGAGCUCAACUGGGUGAUACGACUUUUGCGGUAAAGAAGAUUGCAUUUGAAAGGAACAAGAGGAAGUAUUUACAUAUUAUGCGGAAAGAAAUUGAAGUGCUGGGAGGGAUCAAGCAUAGAAACUUGGUCUCUUGUGCAGACUACUGGAUAGGAGAGAACUAUGGUUUAGUCUUAUAUAAGUACAUGAAGAAUGGAAGCCUCCAUGACAUUUUGCAUGGGAAACAUCCCCCACUACCCUUAUGUUGGAAUAUACGGCUUAACAUCGCUGUUGGAAUUGCACAUGGACUAAAAUAUCUGCAUCAUGACCACACCACACCCAUAGUGCAUCGAGACAUAAAGCCACAGAAUAUACUUCUUAAUGAUGACAUGGAGCCUCUUAUAUCUGAUUUUGGUACUGCCCUCUACAGGAACCUAGCUAUACAUUCUUAUAGUCAAUCUCAGUCUUGCAAAAAGCUUUCAACGUAUGUUGUAGGCACUGCUGGUUAUAUCGCACCAGAGAAUGCAUAUGUAAUAGUGCAGAGCAGAAAGUCAGAUGUGUACAGCUAUGGGGUAGUCCUGCUUGAGUUACUAACCAGAAAGAGAGUGGUUGUUGAGGAGGAAAGAAAGGUAACCGGUUUAGUGAGUUGGGUUAGAUCUAUUUGGUUGGAAACAGGAAAAAUUGAGGAGAUUGUUGAUCCAGAUCUUGCUAAUGCAUUUCCCAGUUCAGGACGACUAGCAUGUCAAGUCACUAAGGUGCUUUUAUUGGCAUUAAGAUGCACCGAGAGGAAGCCGCGUAAGAGACCAACCAUGAAAGACAUUGUUGGCUUCUAUCAGCAAGAGAUAUUCAAGUUGAGUUGCGAUGAUGUGGAUAUGGUUAAUGAAGAUGUUGUUGAUGUGGCACCACAACCAUACAGUGUUCCAUUUUUCAGUACUAAUCCAUUUUCUGACACUCAGUGUGACUCCUAUAUGCAUGGUGAAACUAGUGAGGCUGCAAUGCUGAGACAUAACAAGUUUGCAUUAUAUGUGGACAAUGAACCUCAAGAUUCUAAUGGUUUCAGCUGGUGGCAAGAUUUUAGUCAAUCUCAAAAUUCUUUGGUUGAUUGGAAUGUGAUGGCUACAACUAAAACUGCUGUUGAUGGAUUCACAGUUAAAUUAAUAGGCAAUGGUAAGAUAUAUACUGAACAAGUAGUAGUAACUGCACUAUUUGUUCAUAAAGUAACCUAUACUUGGCCUUAUUUGUUCUUCCUUCCAACUGUGAAUGGACCAGUAGUUACUCAACCCUUCAACUGGUUUUUCCUCUCUUGUUUGACUCAGUAUAUGUACCAGCAGAAAUCCUUGAAAUCACAACUCAAGUCCUGCUUUAUAGCACCUAUCAAUGAGUCUUCAUCUUGUGUUAUUGUAUGUAACAAUGGAGUAAAUGCUUGUUACCUUGUCUCUAUGAGUGUCAUCACACUCCUCUUGUUGAUUCUGUGCUUCUUUGCCUUCUUAUUACCUUCUGCUCCUGUUCUUGUCUCUGAUGGGAUAACUCUGCUGUCAUUGUUGUCACACUGGACCUUUGUUCCUCCCAUUAUCAACUCCACCUGGAAUCCAUCUGAUUCCAUUCCAUGCUCAUGGGUUGGAGUCCAGUGUAACCAUGAGCACAAUGUGCUCUCCCUUAACCUCACUAACCAUGGGAUUCUUGGUCAACUUGGACCCGAGAUAAGACAAUUGCAACACUUGCAGGCUCUUGUGUUGGCCAAUAAUGAUUUCUCAGGAAAGGUACCUUCAGAGCUAAGUAAUUGUAGUUUGCUUCAGCUCUUAGACCUUUCUAAUAACAGCUUUAGCGGACAGAUACCAUAUAGCUUCAAGAAGUUGCAAAAUCUGCAGUAUAUGAGCUUGUCAUUCAAUCUGUUGAGUGGUGAGAUUCCAGAUUCCUUGUUCCAGAUUCCUCAACUGCAAGAAGUGAACCUUCACUCUAACCAUCUCAGUGGUCCUAUCCCAACCAGCAUAGGCAACUUGACUGAGCUGUUGAGGUUGGAUCUACAUGGUAAUAAGUUAACAGGUAUUAUUCCUUCAUCCAUUGGUAAUUGCAUGAAAUUAGAGGAUUUGGUUUUGAACGAGAACAAACUUGAAGGAGAACUACCAUUGGUGAUGGUUAAUCUCAAGCAUCUGAAAAACAUCUCACUGUUUGACAAUCAGUUAUCUGGAUUCAUACCUCAAAGCUUGGGAAUCAAUAGCAGCCUAGUGAAGCUGGACCUUACAAUGAAUGAUUUCACUGGUAAUAUCCCCCCCAAUCUCUGCCUUGGAAAACAAUUACGUGUGCUGAACAUGGGAUCUAAUAAACUUCAAGGUAGCAUACCUUCUGAGGUAGGAAGAUGUGAAACUCUAAGCAUGUUAAUUCUCAGUGACAACCAUUUAACCGGCUCUCUUCCGGAGUUCGCGAGUAACCUGAACCUCAAGAUUAUGGACAUGAGCAGGAACAGAAUUGGUGGAACUAUACCAUCAAGUUUGGAGAAGUGCACUAAUCUUAUAGAAAUAAAUUUGUCAAUGAACAAAUUUACUGGCCUCAUACCAUCACAGCUUGGAAAGCUUCUGAAUCUUGAGGUUUUGAAUCUUGCACAUAACAGCUUGGAAGGUGCUUUGCCAAAUCAGCUGUCAAAUUGUACUAAAAUGGAUAGUUUUGAUGUUGGAUUCAAUUCCCUCAAUGGAUCAUUCCCAUCAAGUUUGCGGAGUUGGACGGGUUUAACAACAUUGAUUUUAAGAGAGAAUCGUUUUACAGGGGGUAUCCCAACUUUUCUUUCAGAAUUUAACAAGCUCCAUGAUUUACAGCUUGGUGGAAAUUUGUUUGGCGGAAAAAUUCCUCCAUCAUUAGGAAAGUUGAAGAAUCUGAUCUUUGGAUUGAAUCUGAGUGCUAAUGGAUUGACAGGUGAAAUUCCAUUUGAAAUUGGGAAACUAAAAGUACUGUCUAGUCUGGAUUUAUCCUCAAACAAUUUGACAGGAAGCAUGGAUGUUCUUGGUGAACUUUCGUUGAACAACUUGAAUGUUUCAUACAAUUUCUUGCAUGGUCCUGUACCAGAAACUCUGAUGAAUUUCUUAAAUUCCUCGCCGUCUUCAUUCUUGGGCAAUCCCUAUCUCUGUGUCAGUUUUUCAGCUUCUCAUAGCUCAAAUCGCACCAAAGCUAGUUACUUGAAGCCAUGUGUCUACAAAUCAACUUAUCAUUUAGGUAUCAGUAUAAGUGCAAUGGUGAUGAUAGAACUUGGUUCCACAAUAUUGGUUUCUGGCAUACUGAUAGCACUAGUUGUUCGCCGGUUAAAUGCCUCUGAUUCAAUGCUUUCACAUGAAGAAGAUAUUCACUUGGGUUUACCCUUUUAUGGUGGCAUGGUCAAGGAUGAUAUGAUCAAAGUAGAUGAUGGUUGUAUUGUUGGCAGAGGAGCCCAUGCAAUAGUUUAUAAAGUCCUGCAUAAUGGUCGAGCUUUUGCUGUAAAGAAAAUUGUAUUUAGAGGACAGGACAAGAAGCGCUUAGAAAUCAUGAAAAGAGAAGUCGAAACCCUCUAUAUGAUUAAGCACAUAAAUUUGGUAAGUAUCCUGGGGUACAGCGUGGCUAAGGACUAUGGUUUAAUAUUUACUCACUACAUGGAAAAAGGAAGCCUUCAUGAUAUUUUGCAUAGGAACAUUCCAUCACCAGCCUGGAAUGUUCGGCUUAAGAUAGCUCAUGGAAUUGCACAGGGACUAAAAUACCUGCAUUAUGAUUGCGAUCCGCCGAUAGUGCACCGAGACAUCAAACCACAGAAUAUACUCCUUGAUGCUGAGAUGGAGCCUCGUAUUUCAGAUUUUGGUACUGCCAACAUCAGGAACCUAGCUGAGGAUUCUUAUACUCAUUCUGAUUUCCCUUGGCAAAAGCUUUCAGCACGUAUAGCUGGUACUGCUGGCUAUAUGGCACCAGAGUGUGCAUAUGCAACAGAGCCAAGCAGAACUUUUGACGUAUAUAGCUAUGGAGUAGUGUUGCUUGAGCUAAUAACCAGAAAAAGAGUGUUAGUUGAUGGCAAUGAACAUAUAGUGAGUUGGGUUAGAUCUGUCUGGGAUGAUGAAACAAACAAAAUUGACAAGAUUGUUGAUUCAUACCUUGCAGCUUCAUUUCCCAAUUCAGCAGUGUUGGAAAAGCAAGUAACCGCGUUGCUUUCGUUGGCAUUGAGAUGCACAGAGAGAGAUCAACGCGAUCGACCAACGAUGAUAGAAGUGGUCAACUUCUACAGAAAAAGCAUAUUCAAGUUGAGGUGUGAUCAUAUGGCUAAUGAUAAUAAUGAUGGUGCUGAAGUUGCUGUAGGUGUAGCACCACAAUCACCAUUCAAUAAUGAACCAGAUAUCAGUACUAAUCCAGUUUCCAACACUCAGGGUCAGGGAGACUCCUAUGUGCAUGAAGAAAGUAAUGAACCACAAGAUGUCUAUGCUUUAGAUGAUUUGAGGCUUGUGUCUACACCUAAAAUUGGUGUUGAUGGACUCAUAAUUAAGGUAAUAGGCAAUGGUCAGUUACAUGUUGAACAAGUUGCAGUGAAAACUGCACUGGUUGUUCCUAAAGUGACCUACACUUGGCCUUGUUUAAAGUUCCUUCCAACGGUGACUGGACCAGUAGUUACAAUACCUUUCAACUGGUUUUUCCUCUCUUCUUGGGCUCAAUAUAUGUACCAGAAGAGUUCCUUAAAAUUACACCUCAAUUUCUUCUUUAUAGCACCUAUCAAGAACUCUUCUACUUGUUGUGUAAACUCUGAAGAAUAAAUAUUAUAUAGCUUUUUAUUGUUGGAAC